CAUGCGUGAGACUUACCUGGUUAGGUAAAUGAAUCCAGUUCAUUUCAGUUGGGAGCGUGAAGUAAACGUGAACUUCACCAACACCAACAUUUCGAAAGCGGGUUAAAUGAUAAUGUGCCAGAGGUAACAGAUUAAAGGUUGAAAUUAGGCUUGAAAGUAACAGCAAAGGAUUCUUGAGGUUCAUAGAAAAAAAACAUACAAAAAAAUGCCGCGAGUGUUUCUGGUUAAAAAGACGAGCACCACUUCCGGGAAAAGAAACUGGAAUGAAGUACCUGACUGUGUACGCGGGGACAUCUACACACCAGUGUGGCUCUUCACUCGUCAUGGCCAUGAUGAGUGUGCGCACAGCCCUGCUGAGCUGCCCGUCUGUCCCUCUACCCCACAAAGCAAGACCACACACACACACAAUCAAUCUCACAGCUCGACUGCCCAGCUGUCCUGCUCUGCCAUGCAGGAGUCGAGCUCACACAGGCCUCCUUUCAUCUGCUCGAAAAAUAAGAUUACUGAGAUGGAAAAUGAAACAUUGAAUGUCUCACAAACCACACCAGAUUCUUUUUCCUGCUCAGUAUGCCAUAAGACUUUCAGUUUAGCUCGAGUGAUGAAACGUCAUUUGAGGACUCAUAGCGAUUUUAAGAAGUACUCAUGUGAAUACUGUGGGAAAGGCUUCAACGACACUUUUGACCUUAAGAGGCACGUGCGCACCCAUACAGGUGUGCGGCCCUUUAAGUGUACUGUGUGUGAGAAGGCCUUCACUCAGCGCUGCUCUCUGGAGGCUCACCUGAAAAAGGUUCAUGGUGUUGUCCAACAGUAUGCCUACAAGGAACGUAGGGACAAGCUGUAUGUGUGUGAAGAGUGUGGCCUGACUGCUGAGACACAGGACAGCCUGCACAGUCACAUCCAAGUCAAACAUCCCAACAGCAGGCUUGCCAAAGCCAAAUCCAAAGGCAGGAAAAGGAAGGCACAAACCCGGGGAGGAAGUGUGUCUCCGUGUUCUCCUCACUCGCUAAGUGAUGCUGAUGCUGGGGUCUGAGUAAAGCUGAAAUGACAGAUGACUAGGGAAAUGACCCACUCAUGAUCUUUUAAAUCCGUUGGAAGUGGUCAAUGGUUGUGGUUUAGAUCAGACAAGUUAAAGUAAAGAUCUCAGCACUGGAAACUUCUUCCUGAGCAAACCCUUUAACCAACACUUGCACCAAAAAUUUGACACUUCCUUCCUUUUUGGAAUAAAUGAAUAAUAUGGAUCCCAGUGUGUGUUUUCCAGGGAAUUACAAUUUAGACAAUAUAUGUCUUUCAUAUUCAUUAAGAUAAUAAAAUGAACAUACAUACAGGUAUGUAUACAACAGUUAUAUUACUGAUAGAGACGUGCUGUUGUAUAGGACAUAUACACAUUGUUAUCCUUUAUGUACACACAAAAGGAAAAGCCUAUAGUUUGUCGUAUUUAGUAACAUAUAUUACACACUUUUCCACACUCUUGCAAUGUAUUCGUGUGGCUAUCACAGACAAAUCAUUAUUAGACCCUUCAGGUCUCUAAUGCAUAUUUAGAGCAUUCUUUUUAUGCUGUACUUAAAUAUUUGAGGAUAGUUUUGAAUAAACAUGUAUACUGGCAAAUAAAAUUUACUCUUU